AUGUUUGACUUGAUAAAGUCCAUGAAAAAUUCAAUAAUAGAUCUGACCGAACAAAACAACAACAAUAAAAUUGACAGAGAUCUGACCGAACAAAACAACAACAAUAAAAUUGACAGAGAUCUGACCGAACAAAACAACAACAAUGAAAUUGACAGAGAUCUGACCGAACAAAACAACAACAAUAAAAUUGACAGAGAUCUGACCGAACAAAACAACAACAAUAAAAUUGACAGAGAUCUGACCGAACAAAACAACAACAAUGAAAUUGACAGAGAUCUGACCGAACAAAACAACAACAAUAAAAUUGACAGAGAUCUGACCGAACAAAACAACAACAAUGAAAUUGACAGAGAUCUGACCAAACAAAACAACAACAAUGAAAUUGACAGAGAUCUGACCGAACAGAACAACAACAAUAAAAUUGACAGAGAUCUGACCGAACAAAACAACAACAAUAAAAUUGACAGAGAUCUGACCGAACAGAACAACAACAAUAAAAUUGACAGAGAUCUGACCGAACAGAACAACAACAAUAAAAUCAACAGAGAUCUGACCCUGACCAAACAAAACAACAACAAUAAAAUUGACAGAGAUCUGACCGAACAAAACAACAACAAUGAAAUUGACAGAGAUCUGACCGAACAGAACAACAACAAUAAAAUUGACAGAGAUCUGACCGAACAAAACAACAACAAUAAAAUUGACAGAGAUCUGACCGAACAAAACAACAACAAUGAAAUUGACAGAGAUCUGACCGAACAAAACAACAACAAUGAAAUUGACAGAGAUCUGACCGAACAGAACAACAACAAUAAAAUUGACAGAGAUCUGACCGAACUUCUGCAUAAUACAACUAGAAUAAUCUAA